CGGGAGCGCGGCAGCGCGGGCGGCGAUGGCGGCACCACGCGGGCUCCUGGCGCUGCUGCUCCUCGGCGCGACCGCGGCCGCCGUGGCGGGGACAAGUCCUGACAUCAAAGCUCAUGUCACUGAUGUUUCUGGGAAGCUGAUCCUGAGCUGUAACAUGAGUGCACCUUUCCCUGCCAUCAUGGGCCACGACUGGAUGCACGGGGACAAGAUCCUGCAGACAGACACUGACUCCAGUGCUUUCACCACUUACACCAUUGAGGGGAAGAGGGAAGAACACUCUGGAGUCUAUGAAUGUGUCUACAAAAGCAGCCCAGUGAUUAAAGGACAAGUGAAUAUUUCAGUUGCACCCCAAGUGAUGGCAUACAAGAAAUCUGAGCAUGGCAAUGAGGGGGACACAGGUGUGCUGACCUGCAAGAACCCCUCUUUCCCCCCUGUCAACUCUUGGGUCUGGUACAAAAAUGGUCAUGAGCCCAUCAUCAACGGGACUGGUCGAUACAUCAUCAAAACCAGUGGCAACAAGACUGAGCUGCGUAUCCUGAAGCUGAGCAUCGAGGAGGACACAGGGGACUAUCACUGCAACGCCACCAACUCGCAGGGCUUCGGCGGCGCCAGCGUCAGCCUGCGCGUGCGCAGCCGCCUGGCAGCUCUCUGGCCCUUCCUGGGCAUCGUGGCAGAAGUCCUGGUCCUUGUCACCAUCAUCUUCAUCUAUGAGAAGAGGAGGAAGCCAGAUGAGGUUCUGGAUGAUGAUGAUGGAGGUUCUGCACCUCUGAAAAGCAAUGCCACAAACCACAAGGACAAGAACGUCCGUCAGAGGAACGCAAACUGAGAGCAGGAGAGAGGUGACAUGUAGAUGAAGAGCUCACCUGGACUAUUUUGUUUUCUUCUAUUUUUAUUUGGGGUAAAAUAGCAUCAUGAGAGAUUUUUAGUGUGUCCUUGCAGUUCAGUUACUUCACUUCUUAAAGAACCUUCAGCUGUAGGAUCUAAAAUACACUUCUUGUUUUUUAAACUGAGUUGUGGGGGGCUUUUUCUACCUGUGAGUGUAAAUCCCUUGUUGCUGGUGAGUGCAGCUCACUGGCUGGCUCUGUCCUAGGUUGGUGUUGGUGCAGAGGGAGGGGUUGAGUGGGAACACAACUCAUUUCCUCACCUCUGGGCAGAGCAGGAUGUGUUGGGUAAGGGCUCUCCUCACCUCCUCGGGGUUUCAGGCUACUCCAGGAGCUGUUGGUAAGACCUGAAACGUGCCCAGUUCCUCCUGUGCUGCUCCACUGGCUGUGGGCAGUGUGGUCUGUGUUCCCAGCAGCUCUGUCCUGCCCUGUCUGUGUGGGAGACACUGCUCAGGUGAGCUGAUGUGACUGAAGGCUUUAGGAAGCUCGUUCAGUCUUUCCCAGCACAUGACUUGGUGCAAAGCUGAUUCCUCUGUGGUGCCAUGGCCUUUGGGGCAGCUUCCCAGGCAGCUCCAGAGCUGCUCUGAGCUCACCCUUGAACAGACAAACCAGGAUGGGGUGGGGGGAGUGUUGGAGCUGGCCUGUGGGUAAAUAGGAUUGCUGGUAACUAACUUCUUGGGUGUGGGGUUCUCUUGUCCAGUUGCUGCAGUGGGGGCAGAGUCAGGGGGCUGGGGGGCAGCUGAGCAGUGGGGUUUUGUGCUUGAGCCUGAGAGCAAACAAGUGCUCAGUGGAGUCUAAUACCUUUCUUGCUGAGUAGCAUUGAACUGUUCCAUCUGUUAACACACUUCACAAAUAAAGAUGAUUCCUCUCUCUUUUA